GUAAUGUGGAAAAUAUUAAUAUUAAUAUCAAAUAAUAGAUCAGGUUUUCUAAAGUGUAGCUCAUUAGUUUAUUCAUUAUUAUUUGUAUUGAUAUUAAAUUGGAGGAAAGGACGGUCUGCCCCUGCAAUUAGUUAUAACGAGGAUUUACUAUCAACCACCCAGUUAAUACAAUCACUAGCUACUGCUAAAUGGUUGGUAAAGCCAUUGUGUUAUGUUAGUGAAUUAUUUAGUGAACUGUCUUGUGAAGACAUAGCAAGAUUGUUAGAAAUAUGUAACUCAUUUAUAUAUAGUAAUUAUCAAGAUAUACUAAAAGGAAAGAUUCCUACUGAAGAUUCCCUCCCUGAUAGUUCAUGGAGUACAUUGAAGGCAAUAUUAAGACAAAAUAUUAAUAAAUUUGGAAACAUUUACUAUAGAUUUGUAUCUAGAGAACACAUCACUACUAAUUAAUAAUAAUAAUAAUAUGAAUGAAAUUUAAAAAGCAUGAGAACACACUACUAUUAUAAUUAAUAAUCCAUAUAGUUAUUGAAACUCCUGUUUAGAUUGAA